CCGCAGGAAGUCGUAAUGAAGGAGAAAAGCAAGAAAGCAGCACGAGUCCGCCGCGACCGGGAGAACCAAGAAUUUUUUAAGCUUGGAAAGCUUUUGCCUGUACCUGCCGCCCUCACCGAGCAAAUGGAUAAGGCCAGCGUCAUUCGAUUGACGACCAGUUAUUUAAAGAUGCGAGCGUUGUUCCCGCAUGGGCUCGGAGAAGAAUGGGGCGCUUCGCAGCCAGCCAACAUCUCCCUGCAAUUCGCCCUCAAGGAGGUGACUAGUUAUAUUUUGCAAGCCUUGGACGGUUUCGUGUUCGUCCUGGCUCCCGAUGGAAAAAUCAUGUACAUAAGCGAAACUGCCAGCGUGCAUCUGGGAAUGGCACAGGUGGAAUUAACGGGGAACAGUAUCUUCGAGUACAUCUGCCAAAACGAUCACGCGGAAAUGAUGUCGGUCCUAAACCUACCUCAGAGUCCUGCAGACCUCGCUGGUUUCACGUUUCCGCCUGCAAACUCGAGGGAUGAAAUCGAACUGGAACGCGUUUUUAUCCUGAGGAUGAAGUGUAAUCUGGCGAAGAGGUGCGCGGGUCUCGUCAACGAGGGAUACAAGGUGAUACACUGUUCCGGCUAUCUAAGGUGCAUCGUCGAGGGCCCAGUAGGCUCGGAAUACGAAGAUGGCGCUGGCCUGCCAUGUAUUCGCAAAGUGGGCCUGUUGGCGGUGGGUCAUUCGCUACCGGGACGUUGUCACACGGAAAUCAAGCUGUACCAGAACAUGUUCAUGUUCCGUGCGUCGUUGGACCUGAAGUUGAUCUUCGUCGACGGCAACGUAUCGCAAUUCACCGGCUACGAUCCUCCUGAUCUCAUCGAGAAGACGCUGUACCAUUACGUGCACGGGUGCGACAUGAUGCAGCUGAAAUACGCUCACGAAACGUUAUUGUUCAAGGGACAGGUGAUAACCAAGUACUACAGGUUUCUAACGAAAUCGGGAGGAUGGGUCUGGAUGCAGUCAUACGUCACGAUCGUGCACAACUCCCGAAGUUCCCGACCACACUGUAUCGUGUCGGUGAACUACGUAUUGACGAAACCAGAGAACACGGACAUACUGUUGAGCUGCGAGCAAAAGUCCUUCUGCUCGAACCCAAGCAAUCCGCCCAGCACCCCACUGUCCACGCCGACCACCAGUGGUAGCGUGAACGAGUUGGACAAUCGCAGUCCCAGUUCACCGGCGUAUCGAAACAGAUCGAAGGAAUCGCCUGACAACGAUUACGCGAACGGUGCCACAUAUCCUAGACCGGAGUACGUUGAUCUGACGAAUCACAAUCACUAUCUGUCACCGUCUUAUCAGCCUCAGAACGUGAACAGCAGCUCCCACGAGGACAAUCUCAAGUACAACUCCGACUGGUUCUAUCAAUAUGGAGAAAUGCACCAAGAUCCCCUCGCCGCGGUUCCGCAGCAACAAGAAGCGCAGCAUCCUCACCCCCUGCAUCACGCCAACUCCCCGUCUAACCUGCAGCAACAUAGCCCCCAAAACGCUCAGCCGAAACAUCAGCAUUCCACUCACCUAUUGGAUCACCCGACACCUCCGGCAAGUCUGUCACAGCCGCAACCACAGCCACAGCCACAGCAACCACCGCCGCAGCAACAACAACACAGUCCUCAAAGUAACCAGCAGAACAGACCUUACUCCACCUCGUCGAGUUCCUGUUCCAGUGCAGACGCCAUGGAUAAUCAUUUACCGAGCACCCUGAGCGUGUACUCUCUACCACACGGUUAUCAUCCUUACUACCAUCCCUACAUGCCCGACUCGGCGCCGUCGAACUUGAACGAAGUCGGUGGCGUGAUCAUGUACCCUAAUUGCAGCCUGAACAACGAAACUCACAACGCGACUGCGAGUACCAGUGCUUCGAACAACGUCCAACAUUACGAAUCCUCGUAUCAACCUCAUCUGAGUCACUACAACACCAACAACAACCCUGCAAAACACUCGUACCAUCACCAAGAACCAACGCCGCCUGGGUACACCAGCGUGAUCGUGGACUCGCAGCAGUACAGCCCCAGCUCUGUGCAAGAUCUCAUUCAUUAUCAGCAUCAUUACGAAGCGCCUCACCAAUUCGUUCACUGA